CCCCCUACCUCCUCUCGCAUUAACAAAAAGGGCGCCUCUCUGUUGCUUGGCGGCAAAGCCAAGUUCUUCGUCCAGAAGAGAAAAGGCCAUUGGUUAAUUUCUGCCAACCAUGGUACGUACAAAAGUUGAAAUCAAGAGAAUUGAGGAUAAGGCUAAAAGGCAUACCACUUUCACAAAACGUAGACAAGGUCUUUUUAAGAAAACCAAGGAGUUGGUGAAAAGAUGCGACGCUGAAGCGGCUGUGAUCACGUUUUCUUUGGCCGGCAAUAUCUUUGCAUUCGGCCAUCCCUCGGUUGACAACGUGGUGAACCGCUACAUUGCUGCCACGUCUGCUCCAGAGCUCGGUGAAGUUGUUCCGGUUCAUGAAGAGGCAGAGGAUGCAGUGAUUGGGACAAAUGAAGAUGAAGAGACGUUGGGACUGGAGGUGCCACUUGAUGAUAUGGGUAUGACUGAACUUGAGGAGUUGGAUCGCACAAUGACAGAGAUGAAGAAGAAAGUUGUUGACAAAAUAGAUGGGAUAAUUUCAUGUUCAAAGAAUUGAGGAUCUUGGAUUGGAUUGAUUACUUUAGGCAGGUUCAUUCUAUUCAUCAAGAAUUUUAGUGAAUUCUUUAACUACUUCAAUGAUUGACUUGCAUGAAAAGGUGCAGUAGUUUUCUUGAUAAAUUUUUCCCCUUUAGAGAGGUCAAAAUAGCUAGUACGUAGUGUUUGAUUUGUUCCCCGGUCACUGAUUCAUAUUUUUAGUAGUGAAAGAUUAAGUUUCUGAG